AUCGUGUCCCCCCAUUCCAGCAUAGCCGGCCCGCAUCUUCCGCUACUUGUCUUCAUAUAUGCAUGCACCCAUGCUGUGGAAGUCGGUGUAGAUGGAUCGGGAGGCCAGAGAAGAAGCUUUGAAGUGUUGAACUACUCACUCAUACACACCUCGGGUCUAUAAAAGAAUCGAUGUAUCCAUCUCGAGGUCUGUUUCUCUUUGCCUUCUCUCCUCAUCCCUCCCAGCAACGCUCCGGCCCCUUCGUCUUGCCGCCUCUCCUAUAGAACGAUAUACACUUUGUGUGUACAUCUUCCAUUCCCUUCGUUGCCCAUUUACCAGCAAGAUGAAGUUCUCGACCAUCUUCCUCGCGGCCGCGGCUCAGGUGGCUUCCGCCCACUACUUCUUCGAGACGAACAUUGUCAACGGUGCUACCCAAACACCCGGCAAGUACGUCCGCGACACGACGCGCGCGACAAAGUACAACCCGAUCAAGUUCUCCUCGAACCCGGCGGGCGACAUCCGCGACGGCUCCUACGCGGAUGGACCCGAUAUCCGCUGCAACCAGGGCGCCUUCUCGAACGCUGGCCGCACCGAGGUCUUGACCGUGAACGCUGGUUCCGAGGUCACGGCCAAGCUAGCCUACGGUGCCAAGAUGGAACACCCUGGCCCCGGCCUCGUCUACAUGUCUCGCGCCCCUGGCGACAACGUCAAGGCCUACGAUGGCUCGGGCGACUGGUUCAAGAUCUUUGAAGAGGGUGUUUGCAGGCAAGGUGCUGAUUUCACCCGCGACGCCUGGUGCACUUGGGGCCGUGACACCAUCACCGCCAAGAUCCCCGCCAACACGCCCAAUGGCGAGUACCUCGUCCGCUUCGAGCAUAUUGGCAUCCACCGCUCCCACGUCAACCAGCCCGAGCACUACACUUCAUGCCUCCAAGUCAAGGUCCAGAACGGCGGUAACGGCUCGCCCAGUCCCACGUUCAAGCUCCCCGGCGGCUACAAGGACUCUGACCCGUACGCCAACUUCAGCGUCUACAACGGCUACAAAUCCUUCACCAUGCCGGGCCCUGCUGUCUGGAACGGCGCGAGCAAUGGCGGUGGCGGCGGCGAGCCCUCCAACCCAGGCAACGGUGGUGGCUGCUCUGCCAUGUACGGCCAGUGUGGUGGCAAUGGAUGGGGCGGUGCCACGUGCUGCUCUUCUGGCAGUUGCAAGGUCGUCAACGAGUGGUACCACCAGUGUGUCUGA